AUGUCUAGAACCAUUUCGUUGAAACAUCCGGAGGUUCCAGUCGCUCAUCAAAUUUCUGAUGGGAAACUGGAGAUUGGAGACAAAGUUGAACUCAAGGGCGAACCUCUUGAACAUGCUGAACGGUUUAUGGUAAAUUUUGUCGAUAAAUCCACCCACCACUGCAUCUUCCACUUGGACUUCCGUUUCAACGAAGGAGAUGCGUAUCACAAGGCAGUGGUUCGCAACAGCAAUUACCCACACGGUCAUUGGGGUGCGGAAGAGCGUUCCGACAACCCACUGCAGAGGGGAAAGCCAUUCAAGAUCCAGAUCAAAGUCUUGGCAGACCGAUUUAAUGUCGAAGUUGACGAUAGUCAUCAUUUCGAUUUCAAUCACCGCGUUUCCCUCGGCGACGCUGACUUAAUUGAGAUUCAAGGGGACGUCAAGAUCAAAUCUGUUAAGAUUAAAGAAUGUUAG